AUGUUCACGCUCAUCGCACUAGCAUUAUUCGUCGCGUUCAUCGCCUUCUAUCGAUCGGGCUACAGGUCGAAUAAGCUUCCCUCUGGUCCUGGCGGUCUACCUUUUGUGGGGAAUAUAUUCGAUUUAACAACCCACGAAUCAUGGAGAAGAGCGGUGCAGUGGGGCAAAGAACAUGGAGACAUGAUAUAUAUAAGAAUAUCUGGGACUCGUUUUAUCUUCCUCAAUAGCCCGAAUGCUGUUAAUGACCUUCUUCAUGCACGAAGUUCCAUAUAUUCAGACCGCCCGUAUCUCCAGAUGGCUUGUGGUUUAUGCGGCAUGGGAGACCUGGUACCUCUGACGCGUUAUGGAGGGCGACUUCGAUACGAAAGGAGACUGAUGCAAAAUGCCCUCGGUCCUUCUGCGGUGGAGAAGUGGAAGAGAAUUGUCAUGAAGGAAUCUUACAUGUUGCUUCAAGAUUUGUCUGCCUCCCCCGAAGCAUACUUGUCGCACAUUAAGAGGAUGGCGGCAUCACUUAUUUUUGCCACUGUAUAUGGGUACACAAUUAAGUCAGGAGAUGAUCCUUACGUUCAGUCUGCAGAAGAAUUCAUGGAGGUGUCGUCUUAUGCUAUCACGGCUGGGUGGAUUGUUGACUUUCUUCCCUUUCUGCGAUGGAUCCCAUACACCAACUUCCGUCGAACCGCUAUUACAUGGCGAGCAAAACUGCAUGAUUGGAUUGAACGUCCCCACAUGAUGUUCAAAGGUCUGCCUGAUUCCGCUAUGAAAAGAACAUCAUUCUGCGGAAACCUCCUCAUGUCUGAGGGUGAAUCGUCUGCGUUCUCGGAUGCGCCAUUGGAAGAACACGUCAAGUGGAUUGCUACCUCAAUGUACGGUGCAUUGGUUCUCAAUCCGAAGGUCCAACUCAAGGCCCAAGAGGAAAUUGACAACGCCGUGGGCAAGUCUAGAUUGCCAUGUUUCGAAGAUCGACCUCGACUUCCAUACGUGGAAUGUGUCCUCAAGGAAGUCCUGAGGUGGGGAACACCGGUACCGCUUACACCACCUCAUCGCCUUACAAAGCGCGACGAAUACCGAGGCUAUACAUUCCCGGAAGGGACCAAUUUCAUCGCCAACAUGUGGGCCAUCCUGCACGAUGAAACAAUGUAUCCCGACCCCGAGAAAUUCUCUCCGGAGCGGUUCGAACAUUCAUUGGAUCCAUUGUCUCAUAAGGCGUCACACGAUCCCAUGGAUUAUGCGUUCGGAUUUGGUAGGAGGAGAUGCCCAGGAAUUCAUUUCGCUAACCAGUCGAUCUGGUUUGUCAUGGUAUCAAUACUGGCGUGUUUCGAUGUCAAGCCUGCGAUAGACGAAAAUGGAAUGGAGAUCAUGCCCCCGUUAAUCUUUGCAGGAGGCGCCUUUAGACACCCUAAGGCAUUCCGAUGUCGGAUUACACUCCGCGCAGAGGUCGAACAAGACCUGAUUCUCACGUCCCUCACUGCUUGUUCCGCCUGA